AUGUGGCACUCGACGCCCAUGCACUGGGUUGUCCAAUUCUGUCUUGUAUGGCUGGCAUUUCCACGGACCUUUGUAACUGCCGAGCCUUUUCCAAUUGAUGCGGUGUCCAGGUCGACAGGGCCCAGGCCAGAGAUUAAGAGCGUGUCCACGUUGCAGACCCGCGACAAUGGGACGUUCCUUCUGCGCAUCCUGCCACUGGGGGCAUCGAUUACCCUCGGGUAUCAGUCCACCGAUCACAAUGGUUAUCGGAAGGUGUUGCGGCAGCAGCUUCGCUAUGCAGGCUGGCAGGUUGAAAUGAUCGGGAGUUUGAGAAAUGGCACGAUGCAUGACAAUCAUCACGAAGGACAUUUCGGUGCCAGGAUAGACCAAUUGGAAAAUAAAACCGAGGCGGCGAUCUCUCAGCAGCCAAACCUGAUUCUGAUCAACCUCGGUACAAACGACGCUGUCCAAAAUUAUCACGUAGGCACUGCAGGGAUGCGAAUGGACCAGUUGAUUUCAAAGCUCUACGACUCUAUUCCUGGCACCACAAUCAUUCUUUCAACCCUCCUACCAAACACGAAGCAGCCACACCUAGUCGAAGAAAUCAACGACCAAUACCGCGACCUCGCCGCGCUCCGCCGCGCAAGCAAAGACCGGCUUGUGCUCGCCGACAUGAGCGAUUUCAUCAAGUUGUCCGAGCUUGUGGAUGGUACUCACCCGGAUGACGACGGGUAUAGGAGUAUGGCGGCUGUAUGGUGGGCUGCUAUCCAGGAAGCGCAGAGUGAGGGCUUUCUCCAGAAGGCGGCCGAUACGGGCGUGAACGGGACGAUCAGUAAGAGUGUGGAGAAGGAGCUGGAUGACAGCACAAGUGAUCCCGAUUUGCCGGACUAUACGGCACCCGCGCAACCUGAAGUAGGUGGUGGGUUGGGUCGAAAUGGGACGCGAGUGAUACAGAUAAUUGCAUUCCAGGCACUACUCAUGGGCGUUGGCCUCCCCAUGUGGACCUAG